UUGGCUUAGCAGCAUCUCACGACCUCCGGACUACAUUCGCCUCCGCCUACUAGGACUUUGCAACAAUGACCAUCCAGGUCCAAGAGGAGGUUUUCUUCCCCAUUCGUGAGCUGUCCACGUACCAGGGCGCCAAAUGGACCAUCAAGGGCAGGGUGACGAUGCGCGCUCCCAUGCGUGGGUUCAAGAAGCGUGAUGGAAAUGGAGAUGGCAAGGUCUUCCACGUGGAGCUUCUUGAUGCCGAAGGCGGUGAGAUCCGUGCAAGCUUCUUCAAUGAAGCUGCCGAGAAGUUCUUUGACCUCAUGGAGGUCGGGAAGUGCUUCAAACUGAGCAGGGGCAGUGUCCGCAUUGCCAACAGGCAGUACAAUACAUGCAAGCAUCGCUACGAGCUUGUUUUUGACAAGAUGGCUCAGGUGGAUGAAGUCGAAGAUGACCAGAAGAUUGAGACUGUGAAAUAUGCCAUCGAGAACCUACGCUCAGUGAAGGGAAAAACACUGCCAUGCAGUGUUGACAUUUGUGGUGUGAUCACUGCCUUCGAGCAGCCUAUUGCCUUUGAAUCCAAGGGGCGGAACUUUGUCAAGAGGAACCUCACGAUUGCGGAUGACAGUGCCAUGAGCAUGAUUGUCACAAUCUGGGCAGAGCGUGCUCAGAAGGAGGAUACUGUCUUCAAGGGCAACCCAGUGGUGGUCAUGAAGGGUGUGAUGGUGAAGGAAUGGCAAGGAGGUCGAAGUGGCUCAUUGACAGAGGGCGGUUUGAUGGUGAUGCAGCCUGACAUUCCAGAAGCAAAAGCAGUCUCAGCGUGGUGGCAGUCGACGGGCCACGCCCAAGAGAUCACCUUCAUCUCCCAGACUAACGGCUUGCCUGGACCUCGAGCCUCUGGAAAGACUAUGGACAUCAUGCAGAUGAAGCAGGCAUCUGAGCAGAUGGUGACUGAGCAAGAGACCUUUUCGAUUUACUGCCGCUUGGCUGCUGUGCAGACUCGCAAAAGGGAUGAAGUGCAGCCUUUGGUCUACAAUGCCUGCAUGGAGCUCAAGGAUGGGAUGAAUGGACGGACUCUCCCGUGCAAUCGUCGCGUUGAUGAGAACGGCUUUUGUGCAGUGUGCGACAAGAAGGGCAAGGCUGGACCUCGUUUGAACCUGCGCUGCCGCUUUGAAGAUGCAUCUGGAAACUGCUGGCUUACAACUUUCCAUCCGGCAGCGGAGAAGAUCUUGGCACUCUCAGCACAGGAGGUCCAAGACAUUGAGCAGAACCAAGGCCGAGAGGGCAUCGAGAACAAGUUGAAGGAGACCUACUAUGGUGAGAUGCUGCAGAUCAUCGUGCGCGCAAAGCCAGAGAGCUACAACGGCGAGUCGAGGACCGGGGUCUCUUGUAUUGCAGCCUCUCCGGCCCCAGUUCGCGAACAUUCGCGGAUGAUGCUGAAAGAGAUCGAGGACAUGUUGGCAAAGUAAGCGGAAGACUCAAGGCCUCUUUUCUUCGCUGGUACUCGUAGUUUGGCGAUUAGGUGCCAGAGAGAAAAGUUCCAUAUCAUCCAGUAUUUAUUGAUGUACAUUAUUGGACCUUGCUGAGGAAGCGAAUAUGAGCAUGUGAUAGCACAUGCAGUUUCUUUGAAGGGCGAGGUGCUGACUUCUUCAAUUGACUCUGAAAAAUAAUCUACGAAAUCA